UCAUUUCUAAAACUUGGAUCAACUUCAAAUUUGAAACUGCUCCCAAUUUUCACCGCUCACAUCUCCACUUUCUCUCUCCUCACACCAUUUUUCAUCUUCUCCAAAACCGCUUCACUCCCUCUCCUCCUCCACCACCACCACAGCCGUCGCAACUUCCACCACGACGUCGAAAUGUCAGGGAAAUUCAAGCGAAAAGGCGACGAUAACCACGCCUCCGACGCCGAUUCCGACGGAAACGCUCCUCCUAAGAAGUCUGUUAAAUCCAACGACGAUGAAGAUGGAAUUGUUGUUUGCGAGAUUUCGAAGAAUCGGAGGGUUUCUGUGAGGAGUUGGCAGGGGAAAGUUAUGGUUGAUAUUCGUGAGUUCUAUGUCAAGGAUGGCAAGCAAAUGCCUGGUCGCAAAGGUAUCUCUCUUACCAUGGAUCAGUGGAAGGUGCUUCGUGAGCAUGCUGAGGAGAUUGAUCAGGCUAUUACUGAGAAUUCGUAGGGCUGGAGAGCUGGGCUUUGUUGAUAUAGUUGAUGGAUGCUGGUUUUUGGGUUGUUACAUUUUGCUGACUAGGACUGCGGCAGUAGGUAUUACUGAUAUUUUCGGCUAGUAUUCUGUAUCUACGUAGGGUUAUUGGAUAACGUAAUCUGCAUAGCUUGGACUUGAAAGAACAAUCUUGUCUCAUGUCUGUGUCCACCUGUUUAUGGAUGCCUACAGACUAUUUUGUUAAAUUAGCAGUAUGUGCGUAUUAUGCUUAUUAACGGAAUACAUUCAUGAAGCAUGUCCUUAAUACGGAGUACACUACUUAAUUGUAACAAAAGUUGUUUC